GUCUAUGUGGCCAUCUUUGACGAAUGUGGUUUGAAAGGAGUGCGACAAAAACGCGUGUGUGAUUCGGAAAUCGCUGAUUUUUCACAGGUUUUCUGUCGCGGGAAGUUUUCACGGAACCCUGGACAUUUUUGUGCCAGGUGGUGGUUGGUUGCAAGUUCAAAACUAGGAUUUGACCCCGUUUGUGAAAGGGGUUUCCUUUUUCUGUUCGUCGGUGUCUUCUUUUUCGGUUCUUUUGUUCCCAUUCCUCCUUACGGUUUCGGCACCGGACGACUGUCGUUUCGGAGGAGGAAAGGUUUCGCGUUCCGUUUCUUCGGUUGCCAUCCGGAUCAGCAGUGCAUUCUAGGAACGCAAUUUAGGCAACCCUACGUUGUGCGGUUUUUUCUAGUUUUUUGUGAAUAAGUAGCAAAACGAAGAUGGCCCAAGAUAGCGAUUCGAACGAGAUUAGUGCGAAAUUCUCCACCCUAAACGUGAAUGCACUGGAAUUUGUGCCGAGCUUCGCCACCUCGGCUGCCUCUGCCGCCGUCGUGGCAGCAGCUGUAGAACCCGUACCAGCGACAGUAUCCAGCACUACCGGUACUUCCUCUUCUGGCGGUGGCAAUUCACCGACUUCAGCUGCUGCCACACCGACACCUCCGUCGAGCAGUGCGGCUCCGACUCCAAUGGACGUCAAAGGGGACGAGGAAGCCAAAACGCCGGAAAAUAAUGAAAGUGAACCCCUGGACAGCUGGGACGCCGAAGACGACUCGAUUCUGACACCCGAGGAUGAGGAGAUGGAAUUGGACGAUGGUGAGGUGGACGGCGAAAAUGUGGUCAAAGUUUCCAAAAAGAAAAUCCCAAAGGUGGAAGAAAGCAAGAGCAAGAAAGAGCAUGUAAAUGUAGUUUUCAUCGGACACGUUGAUGCCGGCAAAUCAACCAUUGGUGGCCAGAUUAUGUCCCUCACAGGAAUGGUAGAUAAACGAACAUUGGAAAAGUACGAACGGGAAGCACGUGAAAAGUCCCGAGAAAGCUGGUACUUAUCGUGGGCACUCGACACAAAUCAAGAAGAACGCGACAAAGGCAAAACGGUGGAGGUAGGUCGAGCCUAUUUUGAGACUGAGAAGAAACAUUUCACCAUCCUAGAUGCACCAGGGCACAAGAGUUUUGUACCGAACAUGAUCGGUGGGGCGGCUCAGGCUGAUCUGGCAGUGCUGGUCAUUUCGGCUCGAAAAGGCGAAUUCGAAACGGGUUUCGACAGGGGAGGGCAGACGCGAGAACAUGCAAUGUUAGCGAAGACUGCGGGCGUUAAGCAUUUGGUGGUAUUGGUAAACAAAAUGGACGACCCAACGGUGAACUGGGACGUGGAGCGGUACAACGAAUGUAGAGACAAAAUUCUACCAUACCUCAAAAAGUUGGGCUUCAAUCCUGCCAAGGAUCUGACAUUUAUGCCCGUGUCUGGGUUUACCGGCCAAGGUCUUAAGGAACAGAUUGACGAAUCCAUUUGCACGUGGUACCGAGGGCCAGCCUUUAUUCCUUUCAUUGACGAGCUGCCUUCACUGAAUAGGAAGACCGACGGUCCUUUUAUUAUGCCGAUUGUAGACAAGUAUAAGGACAUGGGAACGGUACUGAUGGGCAAGGUUGAAUCGGGAAUUGUCAAGAAAGGUACCAAUUUGCUCGUGAUGCCUAAUAGGACACAAGUGUCUGUCGAUCAGCUGUGGUCUGAUGACGAAGAAGUGACAGCCGUGGGGCCUGGCGAAAAUGUCAAAAUCAAAGUGAAAGGCAUAGAAGAGGAGGACGUCUCACCUGGUUUCGUGCUGUGCGACGCUUCCAAUCCAAUCAAAACCGGUAAAAUUUUCGACGCGCAAGUAGUUAUCCUAGAACAUAAAUCAAUUAUCUGUGCGGGCUAUUCGGCGGUGAUGCACAUACACUGUGCGGCAGAGGAAAUUACGGUUAAGGCUCUCAUUUGUUUAGUGGAUAAGAAGACCGGCGAAAAAUCAAAGACGCGGCCGCGCUUCGUCAAGCAGGAUCAGGUCGCCAUCAUGAGAAUUGAGUGCUCCGGGCUGAUUUGUCUCGAGCAGUUCAAACUCUUCCCGCAGAUGGGUCGCUUUACGUUGCGAGAUGAAAAUAAAACUAUCGCCAUUGGUAAAGUGCUGAAGGUAAUUGAGUAAAUGGGUUUCUGUUAAGGUCGCAACAGAAGACGUGCAACUGAACAUGAACCAACCAACCAACCAACCAGCAACAACAAUAUCAACAACGCUAUCUCGUCCUCUGCCGUUGAAAAUUUGUCUGACGAAAAACAAAAGAGAUCAUCCACACAUUCAGCCUGUACUAACAUUUCUCGCUAAACAACUUGGUGUGGUUUACAACGUGCAACGCGAUGUUCUUGUUAUGAUUACUUUUUAUUCAUUCGGAUUGCUUUCAAAGCAAGCAAAAAUACCUUUUCGGCGAUAUCUAACCACUAUCUCUCCGAGAUUCGUUCACUGUUCUAUUUCGCAUUUCGCUUGAAGUGAUUGGAAAAAACACUCCCGACACAAAUUUAUUGGACUUAUGAAUACAAUCACCCGUAUAAGUGAAACUACUUGAAAAUAUUCAAAUCGCGGAAGCGGAGGACUGAAAUUAUAUACAAUAAGGAUAAAAAAACUACACAGUAAAUACUAACAAAAAUGAUGAUAUAAAUUGGAACAUCAUUCGCAUCAGGAACAAUAAUCUUAAUGAUAACACGAUAUUGUAACGAAAAAGUCCAAGACACAGGCAACCGAGCGAGCGAACUUGGAACUGUACGAUAGAGCAGCUUGAUAGUGUGUGCACGUUUUAGGCAGAAACGGCAAUCGUUUGUAAUCGAAAUCCUAAGCCACGAGCGAAGUACACGGAGACACAAUGGAUGGAUAAGUGCUAUAUGAUGAGUAAACAAAGUCUACUGAGCAAAACUGAUUGUUACUUUCGAUUCGUUUCUCGAUAAAAAAAAUUGCUUAUUAUUGUAAGGUUUUUAGCUUUUUGUAUUGGCAGUAGUAAGAGGAAAAACUAUUUGAAAAAUUAUGCUUUGCAAACAAACACACACCAGCGAAAAGCAUCAAUAAAGGACACAGAAUGAUUUUUUUUACACAGGUCGCUUCUGAAGCCAGAUCCAAAAAACCAAGUGCUUCUCAACUUUUCGAUACUUCAUGUGAAUGUUUGAUGGUGGUUGAAGUGCAACGACGAAUGAAUGAGUGAUUGCUAUGUGUUGAAGAGUUUAGGUAGCUGGCGCAUCGUUCUGUACCAGAGUCAUUCAAAUGUAGCGACGUUCAAUAAAAGAAAUGAAACGAAUGCUUGUGACUGAUAACCGAAAUGAGAGUUAGUUUAACUAGUGCUAUUACGUUAUGAAGUAAAAUUUAAAAUACACACCACGCAGAGGAAGAAAAGGUAAAACACACCCAUGCCCAGCAAACGUUCCUUCGGUUCGUUUGAAGUAAUGCUACAACACAACCACAAUAAAAUUGUAUUGCAAGCAAACAAAUAGGUCGUGUUGAAACGAAUGCCGCAAGCAAAAAACAGAGAGUGGAAACUAUUCUACAUUUAAUCAAAACAGCAAUGGGAACUCCUUUAUCUAAUUAUUAUUGCAAUUUUUCCGUUUUUUAUUUGUUUAUCUUUUAAAGAAAAGAAGUAAAAAUAAAACAUCCCCAAAACAA